AUGCUGCACCCCGACAGGAGCUCCAGAGCCGCCGCCUCUAAGAAGGAGCCCAAGAGGGGGGCGCUGCGCCCACACAGCCUGCCCUCCCCGGCGCUGUGCUGCGCCUGUGGCUUGUGCAUCAUGCUGGCCGGCGUCAACAUCACCCUGGUGGGUGCGUUUGCAGUUGGCACCCUGGUGCCCACCAUCAACCCCCCGACCAUCAUUGGCCCGGUGCUCCUGCUGGUUGCCCUGGCCUUCUUCCUGGCGUGCUGCAUGUUCAGCAGGCGGCCCCCGGCGCAGGCCGCGUGCAGGGCCAAGGCCGGGGAGGGCUGGGGGCUUAUGCGGAUGGGGGCAGCGGCGUUCGAGAUGGAGACGAGUGAGCACACCCUGCAGGACACCACGGCGGUUCAGCUCAGCCCCACCAACUCUGCCAGCUCCUCGCACAAGUCGAGUUCCAACCGCGGGGAGAACCCGCUGUCCGGGGGCGCCGCGGGGCUCUCCCGGCGUGACCUCUCCCCGGCGUGA